CAUCCAUGGGUUUGGGUUAUGGUUACGUGCGCCCGCAACACCCCGCUUAUAGUGAACCCUUAAUCCCUUAACUCUGGACAAUAAGAUUUGCUGUUCCGUCAAGUCUUCGCUGCCUUUUCUGUCAACCUUAAACCUCGCUUUUCCGACUCAGAUCAAGGUAUAAUAAAACCCUAGCGAUUUCCCCCAAUUAAGCUUAAAUUAACUUGCUGAAUCCUUCGGAAUAUAAUCGAAAAAGGAAUAAUCAACGGAGAAUGAAAGGGCUACUUUGUAUGCUCUGCAAAACUGUUGAUCGCAUUGAAGCAUCCGAAUAUCCGAUCAAGUUAAUUUGGAUUUCAUCUAUAGUUGAUCAUAGUAGUGGUUGGUCACUUGGUCAAACUUCAAUGCCUUCUGCUAUUUCCCCUCAGUGGCAAGACAAGGCUAGUGGGUUUUUCCAAUCCUCAGGGGCUAAACUUAAGGAAGCUGGGCACUCCGCAGGAACGGUCUUGGGGGAGGCCGCAAAAGAUGCAAAGGGAAAUGUCAGUGAGGUUGCAGAGAAGGUUGGAUCUAUGGUCAAGAGCCGUUGGUCAUUUCUACAGCAGCCAGCUACAAGACAAGCAAUGCAUGAACGUCUCGUUUCUGCAGCUGCUACUACCAGCCUGUUCUUGAGGAAGGGAUUUUCAGAGACAAAGGAUAAGGUUGCUGUUGGGAAGACAAAAGUUGAAGAGGUGGCAAAGAAAACUGCCCAAAAAAGUAAGACACUGCUGACUGAUAUUGAGCGCUGGCAGAAGGGUGUUGCUAGCACUGAUGUGUUUGGAGUUCCCAUAGAAAUAACUGUCCAACGACAACAAUCCACCAGGCCUGUCCCAUCUAUAUUGGUCAAGUGUGCAGAUCAUCUUGUCUUAUCAGGACUAAAUUCUCGGGGGUUAUUCAAGUCUGAAGGAGAGAGAAAAACCAUCCAGAAUUUGAUAUCAUUAUACAAUGAAGAUCCAAGUGCAGCACUACCAGAGGGUGUUAAUCCACUUGAUGUAGCAGCUCUUAUAAAGUGCUACCUUGCCAGCCUGCCUGAGCCAUUGACGACCUUCCAAUUGUACGAAGAAAUCAGAGUUUCCCGUUCCAGCAUACCCAAAAUGCGAAAUAUAUUGAAGAAGCUUUCCACUGUCAACUACAUGACACUGGAACUGAUUACUGCAUUGUUGCUCCGUGUUAGCCAGAAGUCUCCAGUCAAUGAGAUGGAUGCUCGAAGUCUUGCAAUGGAAAUGUCUCCCAUCAUUAUGUGGAAACAAGGAAGAAGUCCACACUAUUAUAAACUGUUCUGGGGUGGCUUACCAAAAAAUAACUCAAAGACGAAUUCUGAUUCUAAGUAUAGCCCAUGGGAUAUGCUUGCAGAUGAAGAAGAAAACAUAGAUGCUUCUUCUCCUAUACCUUUGGAUGAUGGCUUGCCUGUUGACUUUGGUGCAAUAGAAGUGGUUCAGUGCCUGAUUGAACAUCAUAACGCGAUAUUUACAGAUGCACACGAGACGGUUUGGAGGUGACAAAUCAAUAGGUGGUUCAGCUCCUGCUUACAUUAUACAGGGACCAUUUCUGAUCACUUUGUGCAGCAUUUUGAAAUCUCAGUCAAUCAUCAUUUGUGUUGUAAAUUUUUGUUUUUACGCGAUGGUGAUAGGUUAGGGUUUCUUUUUUAAGGAAAACAUAGUACUUUUUUAGUUUGUCAUUAAGUUUUAUGAUGAUUUGAUAUC